UCAAAUCAGCCUUUUCCUGGUGUGUGGAUGAAGAUCUUCUUGAAAUGAAUAAUCUGAUUUCCCCAAAGGAUUACUUGGCUACACAAAAACCACAUGUACGAGCACCAGCAGCAGAAAAGUGGAAUCCUGCCAAACCAACCAUUGCCUUCACCAUGCAUGUGUCCCGAAAGCCUCAGGAUGAUGGUUACACAGUCAUUCGCAGCCCAGAAAAGACGGGCUUUGUAGACAUCCAGUUAGACCACAGUGUGACCUUUGAGUCCUGCUCAGACACCCCAAGGAGGAAGGAAAGGGAGCCAAACCAGACCAAGCCUAAGCCAAAAUGGAAGGGUGAGCCAAGUGUGAAGGAUCGAGCGGAAGGCUGGGAGAAACUUCAGAAGCUGAAAGAUCGACAGAGCUUCCUUCGCAAUCCGCGCUUCCUUCCCCUAAAUUCACAGCAGGGCGGCACGUCCCUCAUCAGGCCCAGAACCAAAGGGAAGGCAGAGCCUGAGAGCAAAGGCGCUAAAAAGAAAAGCAAACACGAGUAUCAUUUACCUCAGUGGAAAACAGCUGUACCCCCUUUGUGCCAUAGCAGAGAUGU